CCGAUUUCCUCUUCAGUUUGGGCUCAAGUUUCUUACCACCCAGCCGUCCUAACGCGGGCUGAACUGCUGGGUCAGCGUUGUGCGUGGUGCUGGGAGCAACCCUCAGCCUGCUGCUGCUUCACCCAGGUUCUCCAGAAAAUGCUGUCAUUCAAGGAUGUGGCCAUUACUUUCUCUCCAGAAGAGUGGAAAUACCUGCGGCCUGUUCAGUGGAAUCUGUACAGGGAUGUGAUGUUGGAAAACUACAGCAACCUUGUGUUUCUGGGCCUUUCUUUGUCCAAGCCAUUGUUGGUCAGAUUUCUGGAGAAAAACCAAGAGCUUCGGAAUAUGAAGAGAAAAGCAGCAGCUGUGUCCAAAGGAAAAAAACCCUUUAAAUGUAAAGAAUGUGGCAAAGCUUUUCCUAAAAAGUCAAACUAUACUUAUCACCUGAGAAUUCACACUGGAGAGAAACCCUACAAGUGUAACAUAUGUGGGAAGGCCUUUUCUCUAGAGUUCACACUUAGAAGACACCAGAAAGUUCACACUGGAAAAAACUCUGACAAGUAUGGCAUAUGUGGCAAGGCUUUUGCUGUGCGCUCCACACUUACUCACCACUAUAAUAUUCACAUUGGAGAGAAACCCUACAAGUGUGUCGUAUGUGGCAAGGCCUUCAGUAUGCCCUCCACACUUACUAACCACCAGAAAAUUCAUGAUAAACCCUACAAGUGUGAAGUAUGUGGCAAAAAGUUUUCUGCUUCCGCAGACUGUAUAAAACACCGGAGGGUUCACACUGGAGAGAAACCCUACACGUGUGAAGAAUGUAAAAAAUCCUUUAGAACUCUUCCAGAGCUCAUUAAACACAGAGUAGUCCAUACUGGACAGAAACCCUACACCUGUGAAAAAUGUGGCAAAGCCUAUAGUAGGAUUGAUAACCUCCAUCAACACCAGCAAGCUCAUACUGCACAGAAAUCCUACAAAUGCAAAGAAUGUGGCAAAAUGUUUCGCUAUUCCUCAGGCCUUACAAGACAUCAAAGGAUUCAUUCUGAAGAGAGACCCUAUAAGUGUGAGGAAUGUGGCAAAGCCUUUCCCUGGCCUUCGGACCUUACUGACCAUGCAAGAACCCAUAAGAGGAUGAAGCAGUACAUCUGUGAAGAAUGUGGUGAGUGCUUUACUAUUCAAACAACAUUUUCUAAUGUCCGAAAAUUUCACACAGGAUCAAAACCCUAUCAAUAUAAAGACUGUGGGAAGGUCUUUGAUAGGAACUCAGUCCUUAUUCAACAUAAAAGAAUUCAUACUGGAGAGAGACUCUGUGCAUGUGAAGAAAGUGGCAAACCUUUUAACUAUUCUUCCAGCUUUAAACAGCACCAGAGAAUCCAUACUGGAGAGACACCGUACAAGUGUGAAGAAUGCGGCAUGGCCUUUAAUGUCCACUGCAUUCUUUCUAAGCACCAGAGGAUCCACACUGGAGAGAAACCCUACAAAUGCAAAGAAUGUGGCAAAGCUUUUAACUGUUCUUCCAGACUGAACCAGCACCAACAAAUUCAUAGAGGAGAGAAACUCUAUAAAUGCAAUGACUGUGGCCAGGCCUUUAGCUGUUCUUAUCUGUAUAAGCAUCGGCGAAUCCAUACUGGCAUGAAACCCUACAAAUGCAAGGAAUGUGGCAAGGCCUUUUACUGUUCUGUAAACCUUAUUUACCACCAGAGAAUUCAUACUGGAGAGAAACCAUAUAAGUGUGAUGAGUGUGGGAAAGCCUUUAGCAUUUGUUUAACUUUCAUGAAACACCAGCAAAUACAUAGGGGAGAAAAGCCCCCCUAUAAACGCAAAGAAUGUGAGAAAAUCUUUAAUAAUUGUUAUAAUUUAAUUCAACACCAAAAUAUUCAUCCUGGAGUGAAACUAUACACAUGUAAAGAAUGUGGCAAAUCCUUUAACUAUUCUUCCCGCCUUAAGCAGCAUCAAAAUAUUCAUACCAGAGAGAAACCCUACAAAUGUGAAGUCUGUAGCAAAGAUUUUAAGUGUUCUUCAUAUCUGGGUAAGCAUCAAAAGCUCCAUACUGAAGAGAAACCCUACAAAUGUGAAGUAUGUGGCAAAACUUUUAAGUGUUCUUCAUAUCUGGGUAAGCAUCAAAGAGUCCACAGUGGAGAGAAACCUUACAGAUGUGAAGAAUGUGGUAAACCCUUUAGCAUUUUUUCAACUUUUAUGAAACACCAGCAAACACAUAGUAGAGAAAAACCCUAUAAAUGUAAAGAAUGUGAGAAAGCCUUUAGUAAUUUUUAUAAUUUAAUUCAACACCAAAAAAUACAUACUGGAGAGAAACCCCAUGCAUGUGAAGAAUGUGGCAAAUCUUUUAGCUAUUCUUCCCGCCUUAAGCAGCAUCAAAGUAUUCAUACCAGAGAGAAACUCUAUAAAUGUGAAGUAUGUGACAAAGCUUUUAAGUGUUCUUCAUAUCUGAGCAAGCAUCACAGAAUCCAUACUGGAGAGAAACCCUACAAAUGUGAAGAAUGUGGCAAAGCUUUUAAAUGUUCUUCAUAUCUGGUUAAGCAUCAAAGAGUCCAUACUGGAGAGAAGCGCUACAGAUGUGAAGAGUGUGGCAAACCUUUUACUAAUUGUUCAGGCCUUAUUGUUCACCGGAGAGUUCAUACUGGAGAGAAACCCUACAAAUGUGAAAAAUGUGGCAAGGCCUUUAGUGUUUUCACAACGCUCACUAGACAUCAGAGAAUUCACUUUGGAGAGAAACCUUACAACUGUGAUGAAUGUGGAAAGACAUUUAAUAUUCAUUCAAUGCUGUCAAAACAUCAGAGAAUUCAUACCAGAAAGAAACCCUACAAAUGCAAAGACUGUGGCAAAGCCUUUAAUUAUACUUCAAGUCUUGCUCAACAUGAAGAAUUUCACACUGGAGAGAAACCCUACAAAUGUGAAGAAUGUGGCCAGACCUUUAAUUCUUCUUCAAAUCUUAAGCAACAUACCGAUAAGAAGCCCUACAAAUGUGAACAAUGUGUCAAAGCCUUUCAAAAUUGUUCAAACUUUACUCAAAACUGCAGAAUUCAUAGUAGAGAAAAAUCUAGAUUAUUCCAAACACUGUUGCAAACCCUUCCAUAAUUGUUUAUUGAUAACUCAACACUAAAGAAUUCAUAUGAGAGAAACUUUAGAAAUGAAUGGGUAAGGGAAGGGCUUUAAUAACAGUUUAAUCCUUACUCAACAUUCACCAUUACAUACUGGAGAGAUCUUGUAAUGGUGAAGAAGAUGGCUGUAUUGAACAUUCUAUAAUUAUGCAAUAUCAAACAUUUUAGAGAAAUUCUACAAAUGCAAGUAAUGUGGGAAAUCCUCAUUAACCAUUAGUGAAUUCUAAUAGAACUUUAUACAUGCAUAAUGUCUUGGGAAGGAACAUUGUCAAAUAAAUAAAACUGAGAAAAGCAAACUAUUACAGUAAAAAGCACUGUGCAAUCAGAUUUGUACAUCAUGCAAAUCUUAAGAGACAUAAGGGAAUUAUCAUAAGAAACAUAUUCCAUGAACUGUAUAGAAUUGAGGAAAGCAUCAAAUGCUACUUAUAAUUCAUAGGGAAAUAUUUGGUGUGAUAGAAAAACUCAUUAGAGAUUUUGGAAUCGUGAUGAUAGCUCAUCUGUGAAGACAUCAAUAUGUUAUAAAUCCAAAUUAGAAGCUCAAUUUUGAAAAGCAAAAAGAUAACUUUGGGUGAUUUUUAUCAGAACAAGAUGGAGUCUAAGACUUUAGU